UCGUACAAUAUUCUUCCGGGUGAUUUCUGACAUGUGUGUCUGGCAUCCGUGUUAGCUAUCCUUGCUAGUUUUAUAAAUAAUUCUUGAUGGGUAGUUAAAGUAGAUAAAAUAUGAGUUCUCAAAAAGGAAACGCAUCCCGCUCCCGAUCCCAGAAAUAUAAAAACACGACUGCUUACAAGAACGAUAAAUAUGGAGCGAGUGUUCAAGUCAAGAUUGCAAACUCAAAAGUACACGCGGGGCUGUGCAAACGGUGUAAGGAGGUUUUGGAGUGGAAAGUCAAGUACAACAAAUAUAAACCUAUAACUCAAGCUCGGACUUGUGUGAAAUGCUCUCAGAAGACAGUUAAAAAUGCCUACCACGUCAUGUGCACGCCCUGUUCCAUUCAGCUCGAGGUGUGUGCUAAAUGCGGCAAGAAAGAAGACAUUGUCAUACCUGUGAACACACCGGAGGAGGAGGAGGAGGAGGAGGGGGACACCAGUCAGAAGACGAAAGAGCUCUGUCAGAAGAAGAAGAAGAAGGAUCUAGAUGACGAGCUGGACAGUGAUGAUGACUUUGGAGACCUAGGAAGUGAUGAGGAGGAUGAAGAUGGUGGUGGUGGCGGUGACUCUAAACCCAAAGAAGCUGGAGACAAGCCUGACAUGGCUCGUGUCAGCGUUAGGGACUAAGGAGAGACUCUUGGACUAGAGAGAGACUCUCUGCCCUCCACUAACAGAUAGAGUGCCUCCACAUUGUCUACAAUGUCAAAGUGAACCCAUAGGGCUGGUGUGGGUCUUAAAGACAUUCCUAUACGGCUGAUACUAGUGAGUGAAUUACACACCUCGUGAAUCAAGGGAAAGGUUGGAUUUGGUAGAACUCUUUGCAUCUCGAGACUCGGUUAUAAUCAGUAAUAAACUUGUGUUACUGAAAAGAUCUCCCCAGUGCUGUAUCCUUCAGGGGAAGCAGGGGGGGAGUCAGAUUUGUGUUCGCUCAUCUCCAUUUUUCACUCUUUAUAGUUUUACAUUUGGUUGAUUUUGCCAUCAGUUUUAGCGACAUACAAAUAGUGCUGGAUAGAUAUUUCAGGGGUUAUUGCCAAGAAACUGCAUAGCUUGUUAUUAAGUAGUGCAUCUAUCACCUCAGCUACGAUAAUACAUCAUUCUUCUGGUGGGAAAGCACAUUAAUAGUGACCACAUGUCUCAAGUUCAACAGCAAAAAAACGAAUUGUAGGUGCAGUCUGUUGUCAUCACAGUGCUCUGUGCUCUAAAAUUAUCCUGUAUAUUUCUUCUAGGAACUCGAGUCCAAUGUUGAAAUAAAUGUUUGCGUCAUUUAU